AUGGCACCUUCAGGCCCAAUCACCACGCCCAUAACCACCCUUCUAGGGAUCAAGCAUCCCAUCCUCCUCGCCGGCAUGGCGCGCACGUCCGGCGGGCCCCUCGCCGCCGCCGUCUCCAAUGCGGGCGGUCUCGGCGUCAUCGGCGGUUUCCAGUACACCCCGGACCAGCUGCGCGAGAUCGUCGCCGAGAUGAAGGAGAACUUCAAGUCUCCAGACCUCCCCUUCGGCGUCGACCUCGCUCUGCCGCAGGUUGGCGGCAACGCCCGCAAGACCAACCACGACUACACGGGCGGCAAGCUCGACGAGCUCAUCGACAUCACCAUCGAGUCGGGCGCUCGCCUGUUCGUCAGCGCCGUCGGCGUGCCGCCCAAGCAUGUCAUUGACAAGCUGCACAACGCAGGCAUCUACGUCAUGAAUAUGGUCGGCCACCCGAAGCACGCUGUGAAGGCAUUGGAUCUGGGCGUCGAUAUCAUCUGCGCGCAGGGCGGGGAGGGUGGUGGACACACGGGCGAUGUGGCGAACUCGGUGCUCAUCCCUGCCGUCGUGGACGUUGCGAGGAGGUACAAGCCCAAGAUGCUUAAUGGCGCCCCGGCGAUGGUUGUUGCAGCGGGUGGUAUUUACAAUGGUCGAUCACUUGCGAGCUCAUUGAUGCAGGGUGCUGUUGGCGUGUGGGUUGGCACGCGUUUUGUGGCAUCCGUUGAGGCUGGGUGUAGUGAGGAGCACAAGGAAGAGGUCGUCAAGUGUGGGUUCGAGGGAACGGAACGCACUCUCGUACUCUCCGGAAGGCCAUUGCGCAUGAAGACGAACGAGUAUAUUCGCAAGUGGCAUUCGCAGCCGGACCGAAUCAGGCAGCUCUGCGAUCAGGGUAUCGUGCCUAUCGAGUUCGACUUCAACGAGGGCAACGACGUUGAUCCGCCACAUUUGAUGGGACAAGUGGCCGGCGCCAUUGAGAAGAUCCAGCCGGCGGGUGAGAUCGUCGAUGAGAUGGUUAAGGAGGCGGUUGACAUGUUGAAGCUUGGCGGCGCCUACUUGGGCAACGAGCGUAGCAGGCUAUGA